AUGUAUCUCAUCUACACUAUUUGGGUACUUGCAUUUUUUCCUUCAUUAUACAUAGGUCUUCAGUUCAAACGAGUCGUGCCGGAUUUCUGUGGGUAUAACAGAGAGCUGAACAGCCAACGUGGCAGUUGUGAUUAUGUUACUAGUCAGAACAUACCGUUUCGGUACCCUUUCGAGGUUUGUCGGCCUACCUACAUAUUUUUUAUCCAUAUCUUAGUAUUCUUUUCUUUGUCCACAAUACAUUACUCAAAAAACGUGCUGAUUCCGAUUUCCGCUUUCCGCACAUCUUCAUUUCUCGCAAGUCAUUCUCGAGUCUCAACGAAAUGGCGAGGUCAACACGAGUGCACGUGCCAAUCGGCAGCACCACCAGUACAGGACUCGUCGAAUCCGAGUAUUCUGUACGUUCACACAAAGAACUUCGCACCACCAAAAAGUCAACAAGCACAACGAAUGGUUAUGAAAAUGCUCUCUACUGUUACGGCUGUAUUCUUUGUCUGCUACUUACCAUAUCAUGUUGAACGGUUAAUAGUGCAAUAUACGAAGCAACAAUGCGAUAGUUCAAUGUUUUGCCUACUUCUUUAUCCAGUC